AUGUCUCGCUUCGUCGUAACCGGUGCCAAGGGUGGACACACCCAAGGGGCUCAAGCCCCAAACCGUCUGGAAAUCAACGACUUCGUCAAGAAUGAACUUCAUUUUUCGUUGUAUGUCCAGGCAUUGCAGUCCAUUUAUACCAAUAAACGCCAAGAUGAAAUCGAUUCUUUCUUCCAAAUCGGAGGCAUCCAUGGGUUGCCCUACGUUUCCUGGGACGGCUCUGGAGGUAAACCUGUUGAUCCUGAUGCCUGGGAGGGAUAUUGCACCCAUGGAGAUGUUCUGUUCCCUACUUUCCAUCGUCCUUAUAUGAUUCUCCUUGAGCAAGUUAUUCAACGAGAAGCCGUCAAAAUCGCCGCUACUUAUACUAGCGCUGACGCUCAAAAAUACAAAGACGCUGCUGAGAAUGUUCGUCAGCCCUAUUGGGACUGGGCGAGGAACUCCGUUCCACCGGCAGAGGUUAUUUCGAUGGAUCAGGUUACUAUUCUCGCUGCUCCUGAUGGGCGGAAGGUCAAGGUUUCGAAUCCUCUGAGGAGAUAUACUUUCCAUCCUAUCGAUAAAUCUUUCCCGAGGCCGUAUAACCAGUGGAAGUCGACGUAUAGGUAUCCUACUAGUACGAGCGCGAACCCUACGGAAGACAUCGAUGGAAUGAAGCGGACCUUGCAGAAAGCCCAGUCUCAAAUCAGGUCGACGACUUAUAACAUGCUUACACGAGUAGAUACCUGGCCGGCGUUUAGUAAUCACACCGUUGGUGAUGGUGGAAGUUCCAGUAACAGUUUGGAAGCUAUACAUGAUGGUAUUCACGUUGACGUCGGAGGAAGAGGGCAUAUGAGUGAUCCGUCGGUUGCAGCGUUCGACCCGAUCUUCUUCAUGCAUCACGCAAAUGUUGACCGUUUACUGUCUUUGUGGUCUGCCCUUCAUCCAGGGACAUGGGUCACACCUAACACUUCUCAAGAUGGGACUUGGACUAUUCCUGCUGGUGCUCCCAUUGACGAGAAUACUAGCCUGACGCCGUUCUGGAACUCCCAAACAAGCUACUGGGUUUCAGCUAAUGUCGGGACCACCGCUCCUCUCGGAUAUACCUAUCCCGAAUUCAAUGGCCUCGACGCGAGCAAUCCUUCCGCUAUUCAAACCGCAAUCGGCAGAAUCGUGAAUCAACUCUAUGGCGGGGGUGGUCGUUCUCGGGGUUUCGCAGCCAUGAACCUUGCCGCUACUCCUACGUCCAAGGCCCCUGCUUCCGAAGCGAAGGUCCAGAAUGGCGGAGUCCAAGAGGGCGCGAAUGCUGCUGUCCGCAGUUUCGCUGCAUCUUCCGUGACUCCGGAAUCACAAAGCCAUAACGGCGGGGCACAUCCAGAAGUCGAUCAAGCACCUUUCACGGCUACAGACGCCGGAGACGUAUGGGAAUGGACUGCCCGUAUUCGUGUCAAGAAGUACGAGGUCGGGUCUAGUUUCAGUGUACCUAUAUUCUUAGGUUCUGUUCCUGAACACUCGGGGGAAUGGUUGACUUGUGACCACUUCGUGGGUGCUCAUCAUGCGUUUGUGAAUGGUUCGGCGGAGAGAUGCGCCAAUUGUCGCACACAACAGAACCUUACGCUUGAAGGGUUCGUGCAUCUCAACGAUGCUAUCAUCGAACAUUCGGGUUUGCAUUCGUUGGAACCAAGCGUUGUGGAGCCAUAUCUUACUCGUGAGCUCCAUUGGCGGGUUGUCAAGGUCUCUGGUGACGCAGUCGACCUUUCUCAGCUUCCGUCCCUCGAAGUCACAGUGAUUGCUACGAGACUUGGGUCUCCACCUGGUGCGAUGUUCCCUGUUCCACAGGAAACGCGUCAUUGUCAUGGGGUUACUCGUGGACGCGAGUCUUCGGGUGUUCAGCAAGCUUGA